UUAGCAAUCAUUGAAUUCUACUUGGAAGUUUGUUCUUAAUAUAGCUAAAAGCUGAAAUUUUCUUCCUACACUUGUAACUGUAAUGGGUAGAAUCAAAACUAGUGAAUUGUCGCUGCCGUUGGAGUGCUUCAUGGUUGAUGGGCAAGAGGGCUAGCUCCGUCUAUUGCCCGCCUCUAAUUUGUUAUGCUCUCCACUCUAUUAAGAAUGUACGUGUAAGAUUAGUUUAUUUGAUAUAUAAGUCAUGUACCAUCAUAACUUAUGAAACAUAAACACAUUCAUAUUCUACAUACUUACUAAACAAUACAUAUAUGUUUCAUUUUGUUCCACUAUCUGCACGACUGACUCACGUACCACCAUAACUCACAAAACACGGUCAUAUUCUCUAUCUCUAGAGUUACUAAUCUAUACCAAUAUGAUUCACUCUGUACCACCAUCUGCACGAUCGACUCACGUACCACCAUAAUUCAUGAAACACGUUCAUAUUCUACCGAGUUACUAAACUAUGCCAAUAUGGUUCAUUUUGUACCAUCAUAAUAUACACAAAUAUCUCAAUACAAACCAAAACAUGAAGCUCUCAUUUCUAUCGUCCCCCCACAUCCACAAAAAUAGAGAUAAGAUCUGAUCCAUAGAUGCCUACAUAUCUCAAUACAAACGAAAACAUGAAGCUCCCAUUUCUGUCGUCCCCCCACAUUCACAAAUAGAGAUAAGAUCCUGCAUAUCUCAAAUACAAACCAAAACCUGAAGCUCCCAUUUAUAUCUUUCCUUGUCCACAAAUCUCAUCAAUCACCGUAACUCAUGAAACACAUUCUUAAUUUCAAAGUAUUUGGCGUUUGCUUCAGCUUUUAAAACGUAAAAGCAUUUCUAAAAACCGGAACAAGUAAUAGACAUGACUUGCUAGUAUAUAUGUUUGAAUUUCAGGAUUAAGGACAGUGUAAUAUAAUAGUCAUGAGUUCCGUCCAUAACUGUUAGAUCAUUCACAUUGGUAUUGCAUUCUCAAUUGCAAAAUGAAAUGACAUAGGUGUUUGUAAUUGCAAAAUCAAUUGCAUUGAUGUGGCUACCAAUUGCAUAUUUGCAAGCUUGCAACAAAUCCAAUUCCAUAUGCAAGUCAAAAAAGCCUACAAAAAUGGAGAUUAUUUUAUUUUAUUUUAUUUUCUCUUUUACUUAAUUUUCUAUAAUUUAAACAUAAUAUUUAAUUACAUUUGAAAUUGCAAUUUAAUUGCAUUGAUAUAUGUGAAUGAAAUGAAUGUGAUGUGGAUUGCAAAAAAUUUGAGUUGACAAUAAAAAACACAAAUGCAAUUUAUUUUGCAAUUGCAUUGAUGGAGAUGUUCCAAAACCUUUGAGAGGGUUUUCCGCUGGGUUAAUUGCAUGAUUGAUCACUGUGAUUACAAAAAACGUUCAUGUUUGGUCACUCGAAAUAUUUAAAUCCAUUAAUGGUAAAAUUAGUAAAACCGUCCAAGUUUGGUCACUCUCCGUUAGUCUCUGUUAACCAAGACCGUUAUGUGCUGACAAGGCAGACAGAAUCGCCUAGUCAGUCUAAUUUAACCCAAAAAUAGUGAAAUCCGACCCGCCUUGUCAUUUUUUUCCAUCCCAACCCAACCAAAUCCUUGAACCAAAGCGACCCACCCAUCCAUGAAAAAACCACUCAAACAAAAUAAGGGUUUAUCCCUGUUUCCUUUACAGAUCUGAACUCUAGUUCUUCAUUUUUCUUGCAUUCCCUUCGAAAACCAGGUCUGAAUAGUGCUUGAAUCGGUCGCAUUUCCUCAAGUUGGACAGAACCGACCAGCCAAGCGUCUAGAAUAUCAUAAUCAAAGAUGUAGUUGAUCCGACGGCAGACCGAAGGGUGGAGAAGGCGAAGAGGUCGAGGCGGGAGUAAGGGGACGCGACGGAGAAGGGCGGUGCGGGGAUGUCGGUGAAUUCAUAUAUCCUUGGAGCCCGGGCUAAACACCACUUCUCUAUUUCUAUUCGCCAUCACUUACAGCCUCUCUACCUCUGUAUAUCCACCCAAAUACCCAAUUAAUCAAAUUUCUUGUUUCUCCCAGGUGGAAUUGAUGAAAAUCAGAGGUAAUUUUUGGGGUGGAUGAAAUCCCAAUAGAGGGGUUGUGAAGGAGAGACUCAUAGAUGAAGGAAGAAGUCAUUGUGAUGAAAUUGACCACCACCUCCAAAACAGGGUAACUGCCUUUCAAUUUCUUCUCCCACCCGUCGCUUAAGAUCCUCUACCCAGCACUAUUCUUCUCCCUCCGACUCCAGCCGCCUAGCCCCUCUUCUUACCCAUCCAGUAUCGAAAAGAAGCAAAGGAUCCAGCGAGCCAAUCAUCUUCCUCAUUCAGAUCUGUUGGCUGCUUCAUCUUCUCUAGCGAGCCAAUCAUCUACCCCAAUCAGAUCUGUAAAGUUUAGACUCAUCGCGUUGGCCGCUUCAUCUACUCAUGUCUCUUGGGCUCGAUUUGGUUCCAAUUGAAAGAGGUGAUUUUUGAGAAGUGGGUUUAAAAGCAGCGGAGGAAGAAGAAUAGAGAUUGAGGAUGCGGCGGAGCUAGAGGAAGAGGUGCAAAGAUGGAUUGUUGAUGGCGGGUCAAUAAGUUAGGUUAGGGUUUGAGUCAUUGGUUGGGCUGAAUUACCUGAUGUGGCAGAUAAUAUUUUUAAUUUUUGGGGUUAAAUUUGGUGACUAGACUUUUCUGUUAGCCACGUCAUCAAAAAGUUGACGUCGUUAACGGAGACUGACGGAGACUAACGGAGAGUGACUAAACUUGGACGAUUUUACUAAUUUUAGUGACUACGAAUGAAUUUAAAUAUUUCAAAUGACUAAAUUUGAACAUUUUUUGUAAUCACAAUGACCAUGCAAUUAACCCGUUUUCCGCUCCAACAAUUAUAUACGAAGCGCUUGCUCCUAAUAAAAGUAGUUGCUCCAUUCACACACUGUUUGGCAAGAAUUCAUUUGCUUGAAAUUUAGUUGAAAACAACAAAUAUUUGUAUACCUACUUUUUAAUGAUUGGACACAAAGCAGAGCUAGUGACCAUAACUGCAUGCAUGACAUCUUAAAAAAUAUUCCUAUUUUGAAAAUUUAUUCCUAGUAAAUGUUGUAGUACUCAAAAAGUUAUGCAAAAUAAAAAAAAACUUUGCGACGUUCGGAUUGCGGAGCACAAAGUUAUGAUCCUCCAAAGUUUGACAAAUUCAAAAAUUUGCUCAUUUAUGGGUAGCAAAUGACGUUUUCAAGGAAGAUAGCCAUCCAAAAAUUUCUAGUUUUGAAAACUAUUGCUCUUUUGGCAGAAAUUUCCUAUAUAUAAAAAAAUUUCCUUGUGCAUUCGCCCCAAGAAAAUGUCAUUUGUUACCCCUAAACGAGCAAUUUUUCGAUUUUGCCAAACUUUAGAUGAUCAUAACUUUGGGAUCCGUAAUCCAAACGUCACAAUGUUUUUUUUUAUUUUGCAUAAUUUUUUGAGUACUACAACAUUUACUAGGAAUAAAUUUUAAAAAUAGGAAUAAAUUUUAAUAUAAGGGGUUUUGGGAGUAAUUUUAACUUUAAUUUUCACAUUUUCACAUAUAUUCUGAAAAUAUUUCUAUUAUAAAAGUUGUAGUCCUCAAAAAGUUAUGCGAAAUGAAAAAAAAAGUUUGCUACGAUCGGAUAAUCGAGCACAAAGUUAAUGGGCCGUUUACUUGUCAUUCCAUUUCUGUUAUCUGCCAUAAUAGAAAACAAAAUUAAAAUGAAAACGAAGCUGUCAUUUCCUGGAAAACAAAACCUGAAAAAACCUUGUUUAGCUGAGAAUUUUGGUGAGUUCUGAAACUGAGUUCUGAAAUGAAAACCUUUUUAGUUGCUUCAUUCUGUUUUCUGAUUCUUGAUUCAUUUUUACAUUGAAUAUCAUACAGGCUACAGCUUUAAUUGUGAUUAUAGUUUUUACUAGUACAUUUGCCAAUUAAAAUACCACUAAAAUGCCUAAUUAACGUAGCGGGGAGGCAAAAAAAUGUUAAUCACUAACCCAAUCCUCUACUUAGGUAACCAGAACGUGGAGCGGGAGCGAGAGCGUCAGAGCGUCGAUUUUACAAGCAUUCAAUAUUAAGAGCGUGAACAGAGCGUCAAUAAAAUAUUAUUUUAAUUAUUAUUUCCUCAAAUAUUAAAUAAAAUAUGAACAAUAUUAUCACAAUUAACUGAAACUAAUUAAAAUUGUAGAAAUUUAGGCAUAUGCUCUUCACACCACGGCCAAUUUAUUGUGUUAUUCAUCCCCCAUUUCAAAUAAACUAUUAUUAUAUUCAACCUAGAAAAACCAAUAUCGCUAUCUUAUUAAUAAUAUUAAUAUAAUGGCUACCAUUUACAUAAAAAUGAUAAAAUUGCAAUCGUUUCUCUGUUAAUUUUUAAGAGGAUCUCUUCGCAUCCCCUGUCUUGGGUACCGGCCGCAGCCACCGUCCUCAUUCCCAAUCUCUCCGUUCUCGAUCCUCUUCGUCCGCUGCCGCCUUCAAUCAAAAGCUCCCUAAUUAAUCCUUGGCGCCUCUGGGUGCUCCUCAAUUCUGCUCGUAAUUUCUUUCCAUCUUUAACUGCUUUAGCUUGCCGUUACAGCUCUUCCAGUCAGCUGCCGGCCUCUAUUCCUCCAUCACGGCGACUUCAAGGCUCCAAUGCCCUCCCUUGUUCCGUCGACGUCCCUCUCCGCCGAGAUUUUCGAAACCCUUAAAGACCAAAGCUAGCAACAACGGUGGCGAGACGAAUGCCCACAAUCCUCGUAGACCAAACGCAGCGUCGGCGGCAAGGAGGAGUGCUUUUGAAUACCAGUUAGUAGUGAAAAAGCUAAAAAAAAAAAAAAGACUCCUGGGUGACUCGAACAGACGACCUCAUUAAUCUAUAGUGUCGUUUUUCCGCUAGGAAUGGGGGAAGAAUCCGUCCCUCAACUUCCAUAAAACAACAAUUUAUUGUUUCCCCACAGGUACUCAGUUAUUGAUAAAUGGUUUUCUCCAAGAAAAAUAAAACACCAAGUGAACAUGUUUCUUUGUAUUUGUUUCUUAAUUUUUGUUGCCCCAACGAAAAACAGGAAACGAAAUGGCAAGUGAACGGGGCAUAAGGUGGUUGGAAAUUUCAAAGGAGUGGUUCGAGUUCACUAAACUCGAACCACUUCAGCCCCACAUGGUUCAAAACUUAUAUCAUCAAUCUACGAGUAGAUCGAGUCUUCUACACUCGAACCGGUUAGUAGUUCGAGUUUCUCAAACUCGAACCACUCAAAACUUAGGUACUUUGGGAAAUUUUUUUUAAAAGUGUGGUAGUUUAGGAAUUUGUUUUAGUUUUAUGUGUAUUUAGGGAUUUAAUCCUAUAGUAAUUAUAGAUAAUAAUUUAGUACAAAUAACUGAUUUCUUCGGUUCAGAUUUGAGUCGGUGUAAAAAAAAAAAAAAAAAAAAUUUAGAACUCACUUUCACAAAUAUUUGUCUCUUAAUGCAUGUUGUAUAAUAUAUUCUACAAAGUUGUUACUAAGCUAUACCGAGAUAAUAUCUGUCUAAAAAAGGCACGCCUUUUUUUCCUAUAAAUAGAGACUGAGAUCCACAGAACCUACACAUCUCAAACACAAACCACAAACAAAAAGAGAAAAUGUCAGACUACGACGACGAGCAGCAGCCGUUGCCGCGAUAUGUGGUGCUGAGGUCCAAGUACAACAACAAGUACCUGCGCUACACACACGAAGACGUCCAGCUCCACGGCCAGCUCAAGUUCUCCGGGGAGGAAGCCGUGAGCCCUUACGUGAAGUUCGAGAUCGAGCACUCGAAAGCCGAGACCGGCCUGAUCCACCUCCGGUGCGCCUACAACAACAAGUACUGGGUGAGGACGUCCGACACCCAGAACUGGAUCACCGGAGCGGCCAACGUCCCCGAAGAGGACCGGUCCAAGUGGUCAUGCACCCUCUUCGAGCCCGUCUUCCUCGACGACACCCACACCACCGUCCGCUUCCGCCACGUCCAGCUCAACCACUACGCCGUCCUCUUCUGCUCGGGCCCUCCGUACGGGGACUUCCUCUACGCCGGGUGGGAGGAUCCCAACUCCGACCUCUGCGACGUCUGCGAGAUCCUCGACUGGGAGAAGCUCCUCGUCCUGCCCAAGCACGUGGCGUUCAAGGGCGACAACGGCAAGUACCUCCAGGCCCGCUGGGUCGAGGGCCACGAGUACCUCCAGUUCUCCGGGGAGGACUCCGGCCACCCGUCCGUCGGGAACGAGGUGUUCACCAACCCGGACGGGAGCAUCCGGAUCAAGUCCAACUACUUCGGCAAGUUCUGGCGGCGCAGCCCCAACUGGAUCUGGGGCGACAACACCGACAACUCGCCCGACAACCCCGACACCGUGUUCUGGCCCAUCAAGGUCAAGGACAACGUCGUCGCCCUGCGCAACUGCGGCAACAACUGGUUCUGCAAGCGGCUGACGACCGAGGGGAAGACGGACUGUCUGAACGCGGGGGUGUCGACCAUCAGCAACGACGCCAAGAUGGGGCUGGAGGAGCAGGUCAUCUCCCGGAGCAUCUACGACGUGGAGUACCGGAUCAUGGACGCCAGGAUCUACGACCAGUACGUGCUCGUGAUGACCCACGGGGUGGCGUCCAACGGCGGCUCCGAGCCCAGCACGCACACGAUGCACCUGUCCUACGAGGAGAAGAAGAGCAGCACGUGGGACAGCAACGUGUCCCUCAAGCUCGGGGUGACGACCAAAAUGGAGACCGGGGUCCCGUUCAUCGCGGAAGGGAAGAUCGAGGUCUCGAUGGAGAUGUCCGGGAGCUACACGUGGGGGGAGACCAAGGAGAGCUCCACCACGGUGGGGAACGACCACGUGGUCAUCGUCCCGCCGGGGACCACCGUCCGGGUCAACCAGCUGGCGACCAGAGGGUCGUGCGACAUUCCCUACUCCUACACCCAGAGGGACACGCUCGUUGACGGCCGCCAGGUUUCGCGCCGGAUGGACGACGGUGUCUACACCGGGGUUAGCUGCUACAACUUCAAGAUCGAGAUCAAGGAGGAGAAGAUGUGAACGGAUCACCUAUCUAUAUCGCCGCCGGUGGCUACUAUUAAACUAAAUAAUCUGCGGGCGGUUCCAAUAAUCUGCCGGCCGGCUGGCUACUACUAUCAAUUCGGGACCGCGCGCGACGGUGUGCGAGUGAUUUAAUUUGCAUGUGUGUACGUGUGUUUCUGUGUGUUUUUGCUUAAUUUGUCGUGAUUUUAUGCAUGAAGUGUGUUUGUAUUUGGUGCAUGCGAUGUUUUACGUACCAAGGAACUUAUGCAUGUGAAGGGUUUGUAUGUAUGGGUUAUGAUAUAUAUCCCACAAACAAAACCAUCACUAUAUAAUUGUCAAUUUCUUUUUAUUAUUGUUAUCAUUGUACGUCGUCGUAAUGUUUGAAUGUAUUGUUGUGUGAGAUGUUUUCCUUUGUUUGAUUUUGAUACUUCGAGAUUUUACUUCCGGUUUGUGAUUGAAAGUACAGGAAAACUGAUCGAACACAUAUUCAUGCAAGUAAUUAUCCUAAUAUUAAAAAAAUAACGCAAAAGUUAUAUAAUUACUAAAUAUGACUUCCAUUUGUGAAAUUCAUUAAAUAUAACUUUGGGGCUUCAACUUAUCAGAAAAAAUGUGUGCUCGCGCGUGGGCAAUUGAUAUUUUGAAAUAUAACGAAAUUCCGUGG